AUGCACACUUCGGCGUCCGCUCAGCGGAAACCUUCCUUGCAGUCGCAGCGUCUAUCAUCUGUGCGCUCAAUGCGUUCCGGAAGAUCAAGCCAUGCAUCAACGCGUGAACCCGCCCAGGCGGCGGAGCAGCACAACACCGUCCGAGAGGCCUCGCAGCGCCAUACAUCGACCGCAACAUCGGCUCACUCGGCCAAGCCAAAAUGGUGGCAUGUUCAUUUAUUCCGUGGGAUGGUGGAUGAUGUUAAGCGUAGAGCGCCGUAUUAUUGGAGUGAUUGGACUGAUGCGUGGGAUUAUCGCGUCGUUCCUGCGACAGUUUAUAUGUACUUUGCUAAUAUCUUACCUGCUUUGGCUUUCUCUUUGGAUAUGUUUGAGAAGACGAGUCAGAGUUACGGGGUAAAUGAAGUUCUACUUGCGUCUGUCCUUGGGGCUAUUGUGUUCUCUCUUUUUGCGGCGCAGCCGUUAGUUAUUGUUGGUGUUACUGGUCCUAUCACUGUGUUCAACUAUACUGUCUACGAUAUCGUGGCCCCUCGGGGAACGCCUUAUCUUGCUUUUAUGUGUUGGAUUGGCAUUUGGUCGUUGAUUAUGCACUGGAUUUUGGCUAUCACCAAUUCCUGCAACGCAUUAACCUACGUCACCCGAUUCUCCUGCGACAUCUUUGGAUUUUAUGUUGCUUGCAUCUAUCUUCAGAAAGGUAUCCAAGUACUCACCAGACAAUGGGGCUCCGUGGGAGAAACAUCCGCAUACCUGGCCAUCAUGGUCGCGCUACUCGUCCUGAUGAGUGGAUGGAUCUGUGGAGAAUUGGGUAACAGCAAUCUCUUCAAACGAUUCAUUCGGAAGUUCCUUGAGGACUAUGGCACACCUCUUACCAUCAUCUUCUUCACUGGCUUCGUUCACAUUGGCCAUAUGAGGGAUGUUGAUGUGGCUACACUUCCUACCAGCAAGGCCUUCUUUCCCACUCUGGAUCGUUCAUGGCUGGUGCGAUUCUGGGAUAUCGACGUUGGUGAUAUCUUCCUCGCUAUCCCAUUCGCACUGCUUCUCACUAUUCUCUUCUACUUCGAUCACAAUGUCUCCUCCCUCAUUGCCCAGGGAACCGAAUUCCCCCUCAGAAAGCCAGCCGGCUUCCACUGGGACCUCUGGCUCCUCGGCCUCACAACAUUCAUAGCUGGUCUCCUAGGAAUCCCCUUCCCGAACGGUCUAAUCCCGCAGGCACCUUUCCACACAGCUGCUCUGUGCGUCACCCGCCAAGUCGCAGACGAGGACGACACAAACAAAGGCAAAGCCAUCCGGAUAACAGACCACGUCGUUGAGCAGCGAGUCAGCAAUUUCUCCCAGGGUGUUUUAACCCUAGGCACAAUGACCGGCCCACUACUCAUUGUCCUGCACCUGAUUCCGCAGGGCGUCAUGGCCGGUCUUUUCUUCAUCAUGGGUGUUCAAGCUCUACAGGGCAACGGCAUUACACAGAAACUGAUCUUCCUCGCCCAAGACAAGAACUUCACGCCUGCUUCAGAACCUCUCAAGCGGAUUGAGCGCCGUGUUGCAAUUUGGGCUUUUGUCCUUCUUGAAUUGGUCGGUUUCGGUGCUACUUUUGCUAUUACGCAGACCAUCGCUGCUAUCGGUUUCCCUGUUAUUAUUCUGCUUCUCAUCCCCGUGCGCACGUUCCUUUUGCCUAAGUGGUUUACUCGUGAGGAGCUGGCUGCGCUGGAUGGCCCCACUGCUAGUCCGUUUACUAUGGAAAGUGUUGGUGGUACUCAUGGGCAUGAAGAUGAUUCCGAUGAGGCGGUAGCUAGUGGAGCUAAUGGGUCUUCGAAUGGAGGUGACGGGGUUUUGGGGAGUCGCCACUCGACUUCUUCUGACUCGGCUGUUGAGGAUAGUGAUCUGGAGCGUGGAGAGGCGUACGAGCUUCCUUCUCGAGUUUCGCGUCGGAGAAGCACAGCUAGCAGGAUAGACUGA